UGUUUGUCUCAAAUAAAAUCAAAAGGAAAAUAAUUACAAGACAUGACCGGAGUUACUGAACUAAUCCACGAGGACAUGAAAAUGGAGAGGGAGGGAAGGGAGCAGGUGCUCCUAAUCUAUUAGAAGAUGGUACAGUUAGAAUGAAAAUGUUAGUUGCAAGUUUCUAACGCACCAACAUAUCCAUCAAACCUCAAUAUAAAGACACGGUGCAACCGCCGAAAUAGUGGACAAGGAAUUGAUGGCGGCAAACUCCAACAAGAAGCAUCCAAGGGAACCGCCGGCAGUUCCAUUUCUAUGGGAAGAAAGGCCGGGAAUACCUAAAAAAGACUGGAAACCACCAGUGGUUUCUUCAAAUAAUUCAUUUCCAGCUCCCCCCAUCGUCAAGCUUGUUGCCUCGGUUCCAUUCAAAUGGGAAGAAAAGCCAGGAACACCACUACCAUCUUUCUCAGAACCAACAUUGGAAUCAGCAUGUCCCUCCUCCCUACCACUUCAGCUUAUCACUUUUCCAUCACCUCCAAUUAGUUCUCACCAGUAUGAUUAUGAUGGUGAGAACGAAGAUUAUGGUGAUGAUAUUAGUGGAAAUGGUGAUGGAGAAGAUGGAGCACCAAGUAUGUUUAAUUUGGAGCUUGAAGCAUUCGAUUUCGAAACAGAUGAUUCAUUUAUCUCAGCUCCUGCUCUCCUAGCAAACUGUCUUGUUCCAUCAAUGGCAAUUUCCACUGCUGUUCCAGCAGACAAAAGCACACCAACAGAAGAUAAGAGUGCUUGGCCUGAGACACCUUCCUCACCGGCCUCAGAAGCAGGCAGCAGUACAAGCAGCUAUGCAACUGGAGUUUCAAGCCUGGUGGGGGCUUCGUUUUUGGAAUGCCUCUUUCCAAUGAUUCCUGCCAAUUCCGGAUUUCUUGAAAAAAUUGGCCAAUCAGGCAACAGCUCUCUUACUCCACCAGAACCAAAGAGUGCACAUUUUGAUCGUGAAAGUAACGGCAGUGCCAUUGUAUGGAGGCCAAAAACACUCGGAGAGCUGAUAAUGAUGAGUCGUAAGGGUAGUUACAGGAGGAAAGCUGUUCAAAUGAGAAAACACAAUCUAUCAAAGGAACUCGUGGAGAAUAGAGCUUUUGGAUGCUGCAUCUUUGGACCUGGCAUCAAGAUGAUAGAAGGAUUGUACAGCAAGAGGAAGAACUUGCCAACACUUAAACUGGUCUGAAGAAAAAUUGUUGCUUAAUGUUGAAACUCAACUUGCAUUCAGUCCUCUCCAUCUAG